GCUGAAAAAAAAAAUGCAUUUGAAUUCUUUUUGUUUUUCUUUUUCGUUUUAGAAAUAAAAGCAUUCGAAUUCUCUUUAACAAUUGAUGAUCUUCCUCUUCAUUUCCCCCACUGCGGUUCUUCUCCAAAAAGAACAAAUUCUCGAAAACCCUCAAUUCAAUUUAUUAUGUCUUCUUCUUCUACUAACAAGCGUCGAAAACCCAACUUAUCUCCUUCAUCUUCCCCUACUUUAUUGACGGGACCUCCCAAUAACUUGUUUCCUUCAAAAGAAGAGUUCGUGAGACUCAUAGCAGUACUAGCAAUAGCAUCUUCAGUUGCUUUCACUUGUAAUCUCAUUGCCACUUACAUUAAUCCCUCCACAAAACCAUUUUGUGACAGCAAUACAGAUUCUUUCUCAGAAUUUUGUGUGCCUUGUCCAGAAAAUGGAGAAUGUACUCAGGGCAAGUUAGAAUGUGCUGAAGGCUAUAGGAAGCACAGAAACAUAUGCAUAGAAGAUGGAGAUAUUAAUGAAAGAGCUAAAAAACUUUCGGAGUGGGUGGAAAAUCAUCUUUGUGAAGCUUAUGCUCAAUAUUUGUGCGAUGGAAUUGGGACUAUUUGGUUCCAGGAUAAUGAUAUUUGGUAUGAUUUGGAUGGACACCAACUAAUGGAAAAUUUUCAGCCAGACAAUGCUACUUAUAUAUAUGCCAAAAGGAAAGCAAUGGAGAUGAUUGUUAGGUUGUUGGAGAUAAGGACAAAUUCUCAUGGGAACAAAGAGUUGAAAUGUCCCGACCUGGUUGCAGAACAUUACAAACCAUUUACCUGUCGCCUUCGCCAAUGGAUCUCUAACCAUGCUUUUGUUAUUGCAUCUCUUUGUUCACUGGUAGUGGGAGCUGUUUUGUUGCUUAGGAAACUCCAACGUAGAUGGUAUCUGUCAGCUAGAGGUGAAGAGCUUUACCACCAGGUCUGUGAGGUACUUGAAGAGAAUGCCUUGAUGUCGAAGCAAUCAAAUGGUGAAUGUGACUCUUGGGUUGUCGCCUCUCAGUUACGAGAUCAUCUGCUUUUGCCUAAAGAAAGGAAGGAUCCUGUGUUGUGGAAAAGGGUGGAGCAGUUGGUACAGGAAGACUCUCGAGUAGAUCGGUAUCCUAAGCUGGUGAAGGGUGAAUCAAAAGUUGUGUGGGAAUGGCAAGUUGAAGGUUCUUGGAGCUCAGGGAGGAUAAGAAAAAAAGAAGCAAGCAAGUUGAAGUCCAGCGAAAGCCCCCCCAAAGCAAAGUUUGAUGCUUUGAAGUCUGGUGCACUCUUAGCUGAAUGAUGUUUUACAGUAAGUUGCAUAUUUCUGGGAUUUGUUUGCUUGCAGCGACAGUGCUAUCUGGAGGCUCCCCAAUGUUUUACAGGGAGCCGAAUGUUUUAGAUGACUGAUGAGUUUGUAUAGUUCUUAAGUAAUACUGGUAUAUGGUCUAAGAAUCCGGCCAAAACUUCUUGCAGUGCUCAGCUGACUCCUUUUGUUAGGGUUUGUGUGCGUCUAAAUCGGCUGCGCGAUGGGACCAAAUACUUUUCUCAGAACUCUUUUCUCUUUUCAGAUGAAAAGAGAAGACAAUUCCAUAACUGGUAACCGUCCACAAUUUUCAUUU